UCCUCUUGCGUGAUGUAAUCCUCUGUGUUUCAGUAUGGCUGGCAGGCCUGUGUUUAAAGGUCUCUGUAAAUAAAGCUGUUUUUACUGUACAAGCAGUGUAUUUAACACUCGUAUUUUCAGUGAUCGAUCAUCGGUGGCGUUUACUGAAGCUUUCAGAAGUCUUGUCAUCGGAAUGUACUCGGCCUGAGAUUAACUGAUAGUGGAGCAAUGAGCCACCAGUAAACUACAGCUGUGAGCUGUGCUUCAUGUGUAUUGGCGCGAUGGAAAGUGACUGUAGGAUUCCCAUGUCCUGUCUGAGACCCCGAAUCCUGGCCCUGCACGCUUUAUUUUGGGGCUUAGUUUCUCUUAGAGUUUUUGGAGCAGCUCUUCUUAGCGAUGAAAGGUCUGCAGCUGCAGUGACAAGGGCUGCGGCAGCACCAUGCUGGCAGGUGGAAGAGUUUUUAGUGGCUAAAGAGUGCAGCGCAUGUGAAAAAUUACAAUUGAAAAUACUACCAGCAUGUUUCCAUACAGGAUAUGUAGAAAAGAUCAAUUGCACUAAAUCUAACAAAGAUGAAUACAAAAGUUGUCGCUCUACCAGAAUGGAGGAGCACCUCUUCUGGAAGUUUGAGGGUGCCAUGCUGGGUCUCACAGUUUUCUUUGGAAUAGUGGUGGUUGCUAGGCAACGGUCCCUGGACCGCCAAGCUUCAGACAAGGUUCGAAGACAGAUAGAAUCUAUUUAGUAAACUGAACUGUACUAAAAGCUAAAGGACAUAUGCCGGACGGGAGGCCUGGUGUUACAGACUCGCAGCAGUAGGUGUAACCCAACAGUCCAUGGAGGCUUUCAGGCUUGAUCACUGGUUUUAUCUUACUGGAUGCACAAAGACAGAGCUCUGACUGGGUACAGCCUGAUGUUAUUUGGGGUUGCUGCUUCCAUGCAGCAUUAAACUUGAAAGGUGGGGUUCGUAUAGGCGCGUGACCAUCAAGGAUUUCUGCCGUGGAACAUUCAUCAGCAAACAGUAUGCAAGAUUGAGAGUCCAGUCCCAGUUUUGUAACACAGCUCUACACUCGUUCUUUCAGAUGCUGUGAAGAGGCAAAUUGGGUGUGUGUUGCAUGUUUUGAAUAAUUCUGAAGCACAUCAAGUAUUUUGUGAAACUAAUUAAUAUGGGCAAAGUCCUAACGCAAUGGUUUUUUUUGGGGGGGGGGGGGUUUAAGGGUUUUUAUCGCUCGACAGAAUCUGAAAAUGUUGGUGGUUGUUUAAUAUUCUGGGAAAGUAAUCAUAGAACCACAUAAGACAUACUCAUCCAUACGUUCACAUUGGGAACCGUAAUAUAAUUUCAUACAUGCAGUUGUAUGUUAAAAAAUUCAGUGUUUUUGUUUCUUUCUAGAAGACUUCAAGGUGUCGUUUAUUGAAACUUUUUAAUUUUUCCAAUUCAUGGUGUUAUUUUACUUGAAGUUUUUUGGUGUCUUCAAGUGUUUUUAUGGACAAUUAUGUGAUCGGAUGUCUUAAUAAUACUUAUUUGAAAGAUACCAGCUCUGUACCUGCAUCUCACUGAUAUAUGCAGGACUGCGUUAUAGUGUAAUAAGAAGCUACUCGAGUUGUUGGAGUGAAAAGGGUAGACCCAAAUUUUCUUUUAAAUUAUUUCUUUUCCUGAAAUUUUUUUUUCACUGCUAAAUGUUGAUAUUGCGUGUGCUUUUUUGCAUGUGCUGAUUUUCUACAGAGAUUUUUUGUAACAUCACCAGCGUGUCUCUGCUCUCCUGCAUUUGGGUUGCAUUGAGUGUUUGGCAGAUGAAUGUCUCGUUGUUACGGCUGAUUCUUGUUUAGUGUGUAUUAUUUAUUUUUCUCACUUUAAGAAGAAUGCCAUGUAAAUUCAGUCAGGCUUUGUCCCAUAGUUUGUUUUAAUGAUCUACCUAAAUUGUAAAAAGUGUAUUUUUAUGAAAGCUGUGUGAGCCUCUGUUGAUAACAAGGAACUGAGGAAUAAAUUGGUGAAAAAGAAAUGA